AGAGAAUUCUUAUUUUCUAUUUUUUCAGCCGAGCACCUGUAAUGAGGCCAGCUCCUCCUCGUGCAGCACCUCCCCCUGCUCCUGUAGCUGCUGCUCCUUCAGCACUCGGACCAGCAGCAGCCCCUAGACAGCCAGGUCUGAUGGCACAAAUGGCUACCACAGCCGCUGGUGUAGCGGUUGGCUCAGCAGUGGGGCACACCUUAGGACAUGCCAUGACUGGUGGUUUCGGUGGCGGAAGCAGUUCUGAACCUGCAAGGUCAGACAACACUUACCAGGAACCUGCUGCUUCCCAACCAAUGUAUCAACAGCCACAGUCUCAGAGCACAGUAUGCCAGUAUGAGCUCAGGCAGUUCAUGGAGUGUGCUCAGAAUCAGAGUGACCUGAAGCUGUGUGAGGGGUUCAGCGAGGUGCUCAAACAGUGCCGCUUUGCAAAUGGAUAUUAAAGAACUUAUGAGUCAACAUAGAAAUGUGCAUGUUGCCGGAUAGGAUGUACUGGACCUGAAGGCCUGCCAUGAUCCAGUGACUGCUCAGUGGGCUCUUAUCCGGUGUUCGCAACCCCUGUCUCUGCGAUUUUUCGCUAGAUAUGCUAUAUCAGGAGAUUUUAUUUCUUCAGAACAGCUAAAUACAACUUGAAAGAUUAGUGGAUUUGGAGAAGGAGUUCUGUACCAUGAGAGUAUAUUUUUGUUUGUCAUUUGUUAGUUGGCUUUAUUUUCUAUUUAAAUAAAUUCUUUCCAAUUCC